UUAAAAGCUUAUCUUGUGUCAGAGGAGAAGUCCUACGAAUUUUAAAACUUACUCUUUGCCUAUCGUCUUCCUUGCUUUCCUUCAAGAUGAGUAGGAAUACAAUUGUGUUCCACAUGACGCAGAAACAAUGGGUCAUAUAAUAAGAAUAACAUUUAUAAAGUCAACUAUAACAUCUUUGAAGUGAAGGCAUAUUAGUUUCCACUCCCAAUGUGCCACAGUGCCAGUAAUUUAAACGCGUUCCUUGUAACGUGGAAACGGUGCUUGGAUGGAAGCUCGGAGUCGGUCAACACUGGCCAUCUUAGUCGCUGUCCUUGCGGCAGUGCUUGGGUUCCUCUAUCACAAAUACGCUCCUGACCCUGCCGUGGGUGUCAGGGUUUACUUCACCGACAGGCAUGACAGAGAACCUGUGUUACUGAACUCCUCAACCCUACGAACAUUCCCCACCCCCCAUGGGGAUGACAAGCUCUGUGUCAUCGUUGCGGGCUACACUGAGCAAGCUAUUUCUUCAUGGUCCAUACCUCUCGCUCAAGCUUUGUUGAGGCGGGGGCGGGCGGGGGUGGUGCUGCUGGUUGACUACUACCACCUCACCACCAUCAGCAGACCCGCCAUGAACAACAAUAUUGAUAUAGUCGCUAAAACUCUGGCCGAAUUUUUCAGCCAUUUAGCUAACGAUCGAGAUUUCAGCUUAUCCCGUGUCCACGUGCUGUGUUUCUCGAUGGCUGGACGCGUAAUGGGCUCUAUGCCUCAACACCUUUCAACGCCGCAAAAAAUUGGACGAAUAACAGCCAUGGACCCCUCCACGCCCUGGCCGGGCUAUCAUCGUCACCUUGGUCCCGACGAGCUCCUGGACGACGGCGACGCUGACGAGGUCGUCGUCUUGAGGUCUUCCGUCGUCUCGUCGUCGCUGCCGCCCCUGGCACGUGACUUCGUUAUCAACGGCGGCCUCCUGCAGGAGGGAUGCUACGGCUGGCACUGGCCUCAGUUCCUGAGCAACAUCUGCUCUCACUACCGUGCUCACUGGCUGGUCAUUGAAGCGCUACUAAACGACGGAUCUUUUCCUGCUUGUUCCGGAGGCGCGGAAGACCUGGCAAAUUCUUCAUCAAGACGGCGGCAACACCACCCUACAGCCUACCAAUUUCCUGACGUUUUCUAUAUAAUUAAUUUUUGGACUUUGGAUAUGAAGACAUCACACCUCCCAGCCUGAACAUACAAUACAUUCUUAUUUAUAUUGUAUUGCUCUUUUGCCAGGUCACGGGAUAUUCAGGCAUAUUAUUUCCAUUUAGAGUUACUAGGUCUUUGAAUACCAAUAUUAUCAAUAUAAUAGAUAUAUUCAAAAUCUAGUUAUUGACUGAAGGGUUAACCCUUUGUCUAAUGACGGUAAUUGCUAUUUAAUAAUGUUCACUUGAGGGCAUCCGCGAUGUAAGAGAUGCCAUAAUAUUCCAUUAUAACUUGAACAAAUUAAUAUCGGUGCUCAGCUUUGAGAGUUUGCCGACGUAUUUAUUCAAUAAUUAAUUAUUAUUGUGUAAUUUUGUUCAAUG